AAAGAACCGUUCCCCAGUGCACAGCCGCAACCGCAGCAGGUCCGGAAAGUCCAGGCCACUAAGACAGUACUCGCGACCUGUACCUCGGUUGGUGACUUGAGCGACUCUUCGGCGACGAACCAGGACGAACCGUGGGUGUCGUGGGUGUUUCGAGUGAAACGAGUAAAAAAAAAAAACAAAACAAAACAAAAACAAAAAACAAAAACCCCGAAAAAAAAACACUCCCAACAACGGACACUCCUACGCGGUGCGGUGCAUCCGAAGCCAGGAGGACGGAAGCAGGCAGGCUUCGAAUUCCGGGCCCCCGAGAUUCGAUCAAACACGAACACGAGCGUUGUGUGGUGGUGGUGGAAUAGUGGUGGAAGUGGUGGUGUGUGGUGUGUGCUGCGUCGCGACGACGUGUGUAUAGUGUCCGUGCGUCCGUACGUCCGUGUUCCGGGUUGGUGUGCCAAAGACACACACACACGCGCGCGCGUUACACCUUCACCUUGGGGCCCUCGAUCAAUCCGCCCGGCUGAAACCAGGGUGUGUUUGUGUGUGUGUGUGAGUGUGUGAGUGUGUGUGUGAUCAGGGUGCUAGCCAACCGAUCAAUCAACCAAUCCACCGCAUCAGAGGAUCGCCGCAGAUCAUCGCGCUCGCUUUCGCGCAUUCCACACGGAGACCCGCCCCUCGCCCCACCCCUCCCAAACGCAGGUUGCGCGAAGAUGCGUUUGCAACGAACGUGGUUGACGGUGGCUGCCGUGGCUUGUGCGGUGCUGCUGACAGGAUACGGUGCCAACGCUCAGACGCGACGCCUCCGUGUACGGCCGCGUGUCCUGGCCGCUCCAUCGAGCGCCGAAUACAGUGACAGCGCGGAGGAAGCAGCAGCAGCAGCAGCAGCAGAUGAUAGCCGGCCCCAGGCGCAGGGUGCCAUCCCGCAGUACUACGCAAGGGCUCAAGAGCGCAUCGGCGAGAGCAACGGUGGUGGUGGCGGCCAACGGCUAGUGCUGGUCGCAGCCGGUGACGACGAUGAGUACAACCAGUACGGUGCAUCGGUUCGGGCGCGCGCCGAUCGGGAGCAGUACCAGCGGCCGGCGGCCAAGAGUACAUCUGCGCCGGCAACGGUGACGGUGGCCGCCCGCUCGAAGGCGGCCCAGAGCAACGAGGCGCGCGCACCACCGGUCCAGACGAUCCGCAACUACAGCAAGGUGAACGAUGAUGGUUCGUUCACGUUCGGUUACGAGGCGGCCGAUGGUUCGUUCAAGGAGGAGACGCGCGGUACCGACUGUGUCGUGCGCGGCAAGUACGGUUACAUCGAUCCGGACGGCAACAAGCGAGAGUUCACGUACGUUUCGGGCAAUCCGUGCGAUCCGAACAAUCCGGACGGCAGCGAAGAGGAAGAGGAACGCCCGGAACGGGACGGCGACGGUGAGUCGGGUGAGAACGUACCGCAGAACUAUCCGCAGCGUCGGCCACAGCCACAGGCCGCAGGCCGCCCCGCUACCAUCCGACCGACCGCACCGACCCCGGUCCGACCGACGACCACCGUCUUCCAGAACGAUUACUCCGAUCGGAACCGUGGUCCGGCCGCCGGCUCGGACGAGGAACCGCAGGAGGUGCAGAUUGGACAGCGACAGGGAGGAGGCGGCCUUGGUCGGCCAGCCGCCCGGCCCUUCGGUGGUGUCCAGUCGCAGCCUACCCUGGCGACGGUGACGCAGCGUCCGCGCGUGCAGCUGGUCGCGACCACACCGAGCAGCGUCGCGCCCGCCUAUCACAGUCCGUCCCCGCCGCCACCAUCGCAAACCGUGGUGCCGGUCAACAUUACGCCCAAACCGGUCUACCGGGUGUCACCGCAGCCGACGCAACCGACGCUCGCACCCACCACCUACCGGCCGGUCGCACCGGUCGAGUUCGGAUCGACCGCCAGUACGCGCGGUCCCUCGAACAUCGAUUUCGAGGCCGAGUUCAAGCGCUUCCAGCAGGACAAUAAGCUACCGUCGCCGCCGCCGUCGUCGUCGUCGUCGUCGUUCCCCUCGACCACCAGUAAGCCGGCGUCGCCGUCACCGUCACCGUUCGGCAAGGGACCGUCGUCGACGGUCGGCGUGGCCAACGGUAACCCGAUCUACCAGUCGCAGCUCAUCUUCGAUCCGGCAUCCGGUCAGUACGAUACCGCACUGUACCAGCAGCUGCCCCAGAGCGAUGGUGACUUCCAGCUGAACCACCGCAUCCAACCGUACGUUGCCGGACCGCCCCAGCACCAGCACCCGUCCGCCGGUCAGCUCGUGUCGCUCGAGCAGCUGCAACAGCAGUCGCCACUGUACCGUACGGCCGGUCCGGCUCAGCAGCACAUCGUUUCGCGACCCCAGCAGCCGCAGCAGGUCCAGAUCCCUCAGCAGCUCUACCAGAAGCAACAGAACGAGCUGCAGUUCAUCAAUAGCCAGCAGCUGUUUGCCCAGCAGCUCGAGCUACAGCAGAGCCAGCUACGCGCGGACCGGCUAGAGGCGGCCAAGAAGGUCACCGGACCGUCGCCGGCACCGCUGCACCGCUUCCAGCCGCAGCCACAACAGCAGUACUACUUCAUCCAGCCGCAGGGACCUCCGCAGAGUGGCGGUCAGAUCGAUGCCUUCCUCCGGGGACACAACAUCGAGUACUAGAGGGGGUGCAACGACCACUUGUGUACACCAUUUGUGUACUGUCUCCCUCUCUUUAUUCUUUUAUCUAUCUAUUUCUCUCUUUCUCUUUCUCUCUAUCUCUCUCUCUCUACCUCUUUGUCUCUAUUUAGAACCUUACAUUAGGCUUCUCUCAUGUCCUUUCAUUCUUUUCUUGUUACAUCAUCUUUCUUUUCAACUUUGCUUGUUUCGUUGCUACUUUUCGAAAAGCUUCCCUUUAGCUUUUUACUCCCAUUUUUCCUCUUUCUUCUUCUUCUUCUGUGACUGACUUUUCUUGAUCUUGUUUCCUAAAUUCUCCUUUUUCUUUGCUGCUCUACUCCGCUCUCUACCGCUAUUGGGCACUGUUUCCCGUUUCUGUUCAAAGCAUGUCUUCAUACAUUUUUUUGUUUCAUAUUUAAGACUUAUGACUAAUUUAAUAUUUGUACAACGAACUCGUACACUACUCCUCCCACAUUCGCACGGGGUUUUCCUCCACCGCCGAAAGAAUGCAUCAAAAUAAAAGGCAUUCGCGGUAACAUGCAAAGAAAAGCAUACCUCCCUUCCCUCCCUCCCUCCCUCCCCCUUCCACAGUUUCAGUCUGUCGGUUAUCCCCGGGGUUCAUUUGCAGCGGAUUGUAUUCGUUUGAUUGUUUUUUUUUGUUGUUGUUGUUGUUGGGGUUUUUCAACUGUUGCAUAAAACGCAAUACAGGACGCGGACAAAACGAUUACUACUCAAAGAAUACGAAAUACGGGAGCUCAUAGUGCCUAGUAUGGUGUAGCUUUCGAUCAGGAUCAGGUCAAGUUGGAAGUACUGUUAACGUUUUCCUACGCAUGUUCUUUUUCCUUUUCGAAAAUUAUAUAAUAAAAGCAACAAUACGACAAGAGCAUGGAGACAUAGAAAAGAGAGAGAGAAAAAGAGAGAAAGAGAGAGAGAGAGAGAGAGAGAGAAAGAGAGAGAGUAGAAACAUUGUUAGAAUACCCAGUUGGAUUGGCUGCUGUACUGAGCCCGACUACUCACUACCACUUGUACAUAACGUUAAGCCGCAGCUCAGGCGCAGCUUUCGAUACUCGAUACCAUAACGAUUCGCGUUACCCUUCCAUCCAAUUCUCUGUACCCUUUGCUCUACAUACUCGACUCGAUUCAUUCCGGUUCUCCUUCUUCGCCAUCCUUUGCUUGAUGAAAUUAAACUUGCAACGAACUUGCAAAUGAAAUGAAUUAUAUAGCGAACACCACGAACGAGGAGCACGGGAAACAUGAUGUUGCAUGAUGUGGACACAGGACAAACAAAGAGACAAGCCUACGAUACAACACGAUGUGUAUUAAGCAAUCAAGCCUUAAACCUAACAGACAUAAUGAAAGUAUAGCGUGUAAUAAAGAAAAUCGU